AUGUCUGAUACCCGGCCUAGCUUUCCGCUCCCUGCGCUGGAUGUACGGUGCCCUCCAUAUGCACCCGGUACACACUGGCUUCUUGUUCUUCAAGGAAGUUCUUGUCCGGCACAGCCCCCUAUCUACUUCCACAACGAGACUUCAUGCUCCGUGGUCGUGGACGAUCAGGGUCGCUGGGGAGCUCACGAAUGGCCCAGCUACCCACAGCUCUACGACAGCAGCUCUCCUUGGCUCGGCUACAUACCUCUGUACCUCGACAAUCACCACAUCACACGGUCGACAAUCCACCGCAAGAUGAUCGUACAGGCAGACAAGACGGAGAAUCAGAAGGAGAUGUUGCUGUGGACGGCGGAGCCCGAAUUGAAGGAGAAGGUGAAGGAGUAUGGAAAGGGUACGAUCUCCCAGGCCGAAGGAAUCCUGGAUCGACUACGCCGCGAUGCUGCUUUCGACGACACAGGCAUUACUUGGCCUGCUGAAACGAUCAAGCGCGCAACACAUCUGUGGCGCCUGCUCGUUACAGGACUACCAUCUGUGAAUGCCUUCAAGCGCGCGCUCACAUGCUUCCGACGCGCUACACUUGAGUUGGAGGGUUUUCACAUGUGGUCGACCUUGAUGCUGGAGCAGCCUAACAGUCGGUUCCGGAUAGCAUCGCUGCUCAAGAGCCAGCGCAACAUUCGCUUCAGAGGUGUUUUCCUGGGGGGAUCUCGCGGCGAAUGGGAGCGUGAAGACUCAAAGUUGCUCAGCACGUACAAUCACCUUUCCACCUGUGACAUACCCGUGUACUGCUUGGUUAAGCAGACUGACUGGAAACUUCACGAGCACGAGAUCCUGGAGGUUGGAAGUCCCGCUUUUCUUCCCAGUGCGCCGAUUCAAGAACGGGAACAGCACCAGCUACAGUACUACUGCUACCCACCGGCGGUCUCCUCAAGCACCUUCGAACGCGUGGCGCGGGGUUUGUUGCCCCACCCGGAUGAAGGGAAAGUGGGGGCACUGGAAGAUUUCUGGCUAUUGAAUACCCGUCGUCUGACGGCACAAAUUGAGCAACACAACGCUAGGAACGGCGAUCUGUGGAAGAAGGCCGUCGGCGCGAACAAGCGCCCCCAUCCUGAACUUCAGGCCAGGAUUAACGUCACAAAUGCCCCGCCGUCCUUCAUGGCAUUCUGGCAGCGCUCCGAUGUCUUCAGUGCCCUACCACCGACGUACCUUUCGCCCGACAUCGGCAAAGGAACCCUUCUUCCAAGGCCGAGCCAAAUAUGGGGCCUCAAAGCCGAACGUCGUGCUCGUAUGCUGGAGACUUUGACCGUGAUCUGGAAGUUGCUUCUGGUACGGCCUUGCCUGCUCAAGGAGAACGACCUUUCCGUGCAGCAGGCAUACCUCAAUGCGCAAGGCUGGCGCGAUAUUCUCAACCGGACCGCCUCUGACACAGUUCUCUCAGCCAUGUGGACGGGCGGAAAGCUCGAACUCUGGGGCUCAAGGUUGCAACCCUCCGUCAUACAGCGCGCUAAAAUGAUGGUCGCAGAACCGACGCUGGCCAAGAUGGAUUGCAACUCAAGAUGCACUCCCCUCGGAAAGUUCGGAGACAAGGCGGACCCCGCGCACCUACUCGAGCACUUUGUGCUGUUUCGCUUAGUCGAGCUGCAUGUUUUGCACGACUUCGCAUCAUAUAACCCUGGUCUACAACGCACAGUGGACGGUCGCUGGUGUCCUCCGCCAUUCGAUGUGGACUCCGCUUUGAAGGAUCGACCUGGAGCAUUUGGGGAGCUGGCAAUGAACGUCUCUGAGAUGGAGCGGGAAAGCAUGGAGGAGAUUGUGGCGGUUGUGAGAUGGAACGGUCUGGAAGGCGUGCGCGCUUGGGAGAUGGAGGAUGGUGUGUCGUACCGCAGCUGGCUGACGGCUUUUAGAACUCUGCUAGGCAAAUGCCCAGGUGCCUGGACCAAUAAUCCGGUACUGGACGACAUAAUGAGCCGACAUGCCGACUGGGAUCUACCAACCGCCGACCUUCACAACCCGAGCGCACCAAUUCCUCAGGUCACUCGCCUGCUGAUAGGCACGCAUAUGCUACUGACCAUGCGGGCUGGGCGGCUUCCUUGGCCUUUCUUCAAUAAGCCUCAGCUCGACUCUCUUGAAUGCCGCCACGACUCUUGA